UCUUUUUUUUUUCUUUUUUCUUUUAUACAUAUAUCCACUACAUACUUACCAUAUACAUAUAUAUAUAUUUAUAGUAUAUAUAUUUAUACCACACACACACACACACACAAUACAAUAUAAUAUAUAGAUACCCUAUUCACGUACAUACAUCUCACAUACAUACAUAUACAUAACCCCCUUUGUUUAUACAUAUUAUUUGUAACAUAUUACAUGUGUUUAUAUAACAUUUUUAUUGAGUGAGAAAGAGCAAAAAAAAGAAGCAAAAAAGGACCCCAACAAUUUUUUUAUUUGUAUUAAAUUAAAUGCAUGAACUGGCAAAAAAGGAGAAUACAACACGCACGGACCUAGAUGAAGAACAGCAAAAGAGAAUUGCAGCAAGAGCAGCAAAUGCAAUGGCACAAGUGCUUCAACGUAGAAAUCGAUCCCUUAUGAUGUGGGGCAAAAAGGCUGUCGUCAAACGUUAUCCUGACGGGGGACAGGAAAUUAUUGUUCCUCAGACACUGACACCCGAACAACAGCAUUAUGAAUUUCCGCCAAGAUCGAAACUGCUAAAGAAAUUGGCUGUCUCUGAAAGAUUACAACCGAACCAAGAAAGAAAGCAGACAUUACAUGAUCAAGAUGCCCUUCAAGAAUGGUUUGCCAAGAAGGAACCUACGGACAAGGAUCGUGCUGUGAUGGAUUGGAUGAGUGAUGUCGAAAGACACUCGAGACAGAUACAAAAAGUAGCAAAAGUGCAACAACAUGUCGUACGACCUUCACCCACACCUUCGAUUGGAAGUAACAAGAUUCAGUUCAAGAGUGAUGCAGGCAAACGAUGGGCAAGCAGUAUACAAAAUACAUCACUUCAACCACCCGAUGAUACGUGCAAGAAACAUUAUGUGCCCAGACGUCUAUUACAAAAGAAGCAUGUUCCUCAAGAGCGUGCAGUGACUGAGACAGCGUCACGUAUUCAAUCCAUGUGGAAAGAAUAUCAGAAUAAGCAUCCUCAACAUUAUAUAGAAUCAAAGAUUGGAAUGACAGCCAUGGCGAGUACGGGUGAACGUACACCGAUGGCAGGCAUGGUGCAGCUCGUUCACAUGCUGCAUGAGUCACUAAAGAUACAGCAACAACGAUCGGCUGAUAGACUUGAGAAAUUAGAAAGUUUACUCAAAGAAGAGAAAAAGAAGAGAGAAUUAGCAGAAGCAUCCGUGAAACGAUUAGAAAAGAGAUCAACUCGAUUAUUAAGAAAAUAAUUUGUGUAUAAAUUGUAAAAUAAAAUACCCCCC